AUGGUAUCAGAUACAUACAUUAUUAAGUACAACUAAUUCAUAUGAUUUUAGAUGGGCAGUAUUAUACCCAACAAAUCCAUAAGCCAGCAUGGCUCAAGUAUUAAUUUACAACCAUUUAUACAGCAUUAGAAUGUAGAACUCUAAGAAUUACAUAGAUGA